CUAUUCCCUGCAGUUCUCCCCCACUAGUGUUGACGACGGGGCCCAGUUGUUGUGUUCAGCCAUGUUGGAUCUGGGACCAGAGGGACCCCAACCUCCUCCUGUAAUGGACUCAAACCGCCUCAACACCAACGUGCACUACAAGCCUCAGAUCACUAUGAGUCCUGGAUGUUUCUCCAUGAGCAUCACGGAGGGUGACACCCUAUCACUUAACUGUAGUGCAAAAGGUAACCCUGCCCCCUCGUACGAUUGGUUGCUCUCCCAAGCCGACCCCAACCCCAUGGAAGAGAGAUCCGUAGUGACCAUCACCAACAUUGCCAAGUCUCACUCUGGAGAUUACACCUGCAUCGCCAGAAACCUCCUGGGAAACAGCACCUGUACUGUUAACGUGGAGGUCACAGUGGACUACCUGCCCAUCUUUGCAGGGCUGGCUGCAGCUGUGGUGGUGAUCCUCUUGGUUGUCUCCUGUUUCACCUACUCCUCUUACUAUAAACACAGGCGCAUGGGCCACUACCAGCUGAAAGACAUGUUGCCACGACGACACAAGAACAAACACGUGGUGCAACACAACGGAAUGGACCAGUCCUUUAUGUAGAGGAGGGGUUGGGGUCAGAGCAUGUGGAAUCCUGAUGAGUGGGUGUGGCUCUCCACUUCCUUUAUGUAGAGGAGGGGUUGGGGUCAGAGCAUGUGGAAUCCUGAUGAGUGGGUGUGGCUCUCCACGUCCUUUAUGUAGAGGAGGGGUUGGGGUCAGAGCAUGUGGAAUCCUGAUGAGUGGGUGUGGCUCUCCACGUCCUUUAUGUAGAGGA